UAAUUUUUUGAGGAGUAGGAUUAACCCUAGUGAUUAAACGUAUUGACAACAACAAUUACCUCAUAAUUAGUAAAUAAAUAACAAAUUUAAAACAUAAAUUUAUCAUUUAAGUGUUAAGUUUUAUUAAAAAACCAUAAAAAAUGAAUGAAGUGACACUGCCUCCAUCCCCAAAUUGGUAUCUGACCACGAUACUAUCAUGCGCGAGAGAUGGCACAGUGGCUUGGGGGUCCAAGAACAUGAUCGUCGUAUCCAAACCUCCAGGAGUUGUCACCAAAGCUCGUGAUUAUUCUGUAAUAACUGACGCUCAUACUGAUCGAGUGAGUUCUGUAUCAUUUUGUCCGGACUACGGACCUGGGAAACGUCUCCUGCUGUCUGGUGGCGAUGAAAAUAUUAUUAGAAUUUGGGACUUGGAGACUAUGAGCGCAGUUCAGUCCCAGUCGUACCUGGACAGCAAGCAGAAAGUAGUAGGAGUUGAUUGGUCAGUAAGUGAUCCAACUCAUGUGUGCUGUGUCAGCGUUGAUGGAGUAAUUUUGUCAUGGAACACCAGUUUCAACGCCUGUCAAACAAUAACGCUUGGUAAAAUGACAGCAACGUGCAUCAGAUUCUGUCCUCACAAGUCUAAUAUCGUUGCUGUCGGCACCAAAGCUGGACUUGUUUAUGUUGUAAAUCUUCAAGGUUCUGGAUCAAUUAUUUACAAGCUACGUGGUCAUGACACUGAAAUUACUAGCUUAUCAUGGUGUCCUUCAAAAAUAAAUAUAUUUAAUGACGGUGAUGGUACAUCUGAUGACUUGUUGCUUGCUUCAGGAGCUAAAGACAAGUCUGUGUUCAUCUGGCGCGCUGGUGGAGACGGCAGAUUCGAAUCACAGUUUACUUUACCAAGUGCUCCUCAAGAUUCAAAUCAGCAUCGGUCAAAACUCAGUGGUCCUGGUCAUUUUACAGCUUUGUGCUGGAUAGAACCUAAGUGUCUGCUUGCCAGUUCUUCAUUCGGUGAACUGCUGGCCAUGGACUUGGGAUCAGGUAAAAAAAUAUGGAGACUAAUCCACGGUCACCAUGCCCGUGGACUUUUUUCAAUAUCCAGUGUUCCAAGUGCCGAUGACCAGAAUGAAAACUGGAGAAAGAGUUCUCGACUAGUCUGGACAACUGCCCAAGAUCGUCAAGUAGUUUGCAGUAGUAUCAACGGUAAUGAGUGUCAUGUCGAGCACAGUGUACCCACCCAAGGUGGUUUUAUUUACUGCAUGGCUUCCUGCCCUUUGGACACUUCGCUGAUAGCAUACGGAUCAGGUGACAUGGUCCUGCGGCUCUGGAACCUCACGGAGCCGCAUGAAAAUUCAGUCAACGUGACCUGUAUGUGGCAGAAGAUCAUGGGAAGAGUUACCGCGAUAGCUUGGCACCCAACUGAAGAAAAUAUUCUGGCUUUCGGUACCGCCGAAGGACGUGUUGGUGCAUUUGAUACCAACAACACGACCAAGUUGCCCACUCUCUACCGCCAGCAUCAUCGACGUACUGUUUACUCUCUCGCUUGGGCCCCGCGACCGGGUUCCAGUAAAUACGGACUUUACUCCUGCGCAGACAAUGAACUCGUUUGCUUCAAUCCAGAGAAAGCCAACGAACCGCCGCAGGUUGUAAUUAAAAAAGAUUGCACGGAGUUUGCUUGGAAACCGGACUUUGGGUGCGUGGCGAUCGGGUUCGAGGAUGGGUCCAUCUCUUUCAAGGAUCGCGAGCUUAAAGCUUGCGGAAAACCAAUAUUUGUAUUGAAAAAAGCUGUGCAGUGCAUCGCUUGGCAUCCUGACAGUACUCUGACGGACUUGGAGUUCUCUCCCAUGAGAAAUUAUAUGGCUGUUUCUACCAACACUAACAAAAUUACGAUCUUUGACAUGACCAUCAUGAUUGAUAGUCCAAAAGGUAACGAAAAUGGCGAUACCGGAGACAAAGAAGUCAAAGACUCGGUAACGCACAAAGUUGUGUGUACUCUCAGCGGUCAUGCAGAUCGCGUGGUCAGUCUUGGGUGGAAUCCUCACAUCAGCGGGCAACUCGUCAGCGGAAGUUACGACUCGACUGCUCAGGUUUGGAAUAUUGAGACGCAGGAGCUGAUCGCUACUUACACCGGCCAUCGUGGCCCAGUAUAUUCAUGCAUGUGGAGUCCAGUUAAUUCUGAUUUAAUCAUCACUGGUUCUGUUGACUUCAGUUUGCGUAUUUGGAGAAUUUCUGAUCAGCAGGUAGUGAUGCCUGUGAUGACUGAAGUCAAGAAGAACAAGAGUAAGAAUAAAAAAUCAAAGAACUCAAAGGCAGGAGUAAGUAAACCUGCGGAAUGCGAAGUCAGUAUCGCUGGCGCUACUGUUGAAUCUUCUGAAAGUCUUACAUCAGAGUUGGAUCAGCUGUCGAUUAAAUCAGAGACAAAAGUAACGAGAGAUAAAAAAACUAAGAAGACUUUUUUACCAGUUUAUCGUAAGAUGAUGAAUAAUAAAGACGUUGCUUUGAAAAAUUGUUUGAAAAUCGCGCGAAAAAUGAAAGCUCAGAGCACUAAAUCGUCAGAUAAUACUGACGGUGACAAUGACGCCGAUGAUUUACUUUCAAUAUUUGGUGAUGAAAAUGAAAUGAUGUCUGUAAUUAAAAAUGAACUGACGACAUUCACUUCGCAGGGCCAGCACACAAUGGCAACGGAACUGAGCCUAUGGACUGGCGAUCUGCGGGACCAAUUACAAAACGCCGCAAAAGAAAGACGGCUGAAUGAUUUCAUGGUAUCGUUGUCCCCAAUGCUGUCCAUGAAAACCUGGAAAGAAAUGUGUGAAGCUUACGCAACUCAGCUGGUACUUGAAUCAAAUAUAACCAAAGCAGUUGCUUAUUUCUUAAUAAUCCACAAGAUUUAUCAAGCUAUCGAAGUAUUUAUGGAAGCAAAAAUGUAUCGGGAGGCUUACACUCUAGCUCGCUGUAAACUAGACUCACAAGACCAGAUGUUGGCUAAAAUACUCGAGGUCUGGGAGAGCCAUGCCGCCAAAUCUGGACUGUACGAAGACGCAGCGCAGUGCUCGCUUCUUCUGGGAGAUUGUAUAAGAGCCGCUAAAUUUAUCGCGCGAAGGCCUGAUGUUGUUAAUCUAAAGACUGCCGCUGAGCUCGCGAUUAUUGCUGGUGACAGUGAGCUAGCAGAAUCACUAGCUGACCAAGCCAUCACUCAGUCUCUGCUGCAGUCUAAUUACUCAGUGGCCAGGAAUUUAAUUGAACAAUUCCCAGCAAUACGGUAUCGUUUGAUUCAUCUAGUGGCUCUAGAGGAAGUGAACAAAGCCCGUGCUAUUGAUGAUGCCUUCGUUUGCUCAUGGGUCGAAGGCAAGACAUCUUGCGACUUGAUCGGCGCAUUACAAAAGAGUUAUCAGCAUUUAGAACCUCUAGAGGCCUAUGGUAAGCUUGUAAAUGUAACUUAUCCGAUUUCUCAAGACGAGUCGAGUCUCUGGUUGUCAGUCAGCCAUAACCUGGCUCUGGCAGCCAGCAACGAUGACCAGCAAAUUUAUCACAUCGUAGCCGCUCUGGGCAUAAUUUCACAGUACGAAAUAAUGAAACCUAAAAAUGAACCACGCAUCAGUUACUUACUAAGUAUUCUAGCUGUUUUGAAACCUUUUACCGCAAGUUUUGAUGAUGACAAACCAAUCUUCAAAAGCUACCGCGCUUAUCUGUGUCUCGCUCUCAGCAGCUGGCUAGUUGAUAAACUCAACGGAUCUCCAGAGUCUACUGAUAAUCUAGAUGUCAAUAAUGUCGUAGAUAUCAUCAAGAAGACUCUAGCAGACGGUCUAGACCCCGCAGCAGUCAAGUACUGGACAGUGACAUCCGAAAUAUCAAAACUCGAAGCUUCACUUGCUACCACAAUCGGCAGCUCGUCGAAAGACAAUCAAGAAGCUGAUGAUAGUGAACCCACUAAAGUAAAUGGUGAUUCUCAUUCAAGUCUAAGGGAGCGACUGAAUAAAGUUCGAUUGGAAAAAAAGAAAUUCAUCGAUGAACGUAAUUGUGUACCUAGUCCCAUUGUUAUCUACAGUAAAGUCACCGAAUUAUCAAGUCUUCUAAAUGAUGAAGAGUCGGAAUUCAAAAAUAUUAUCACAGGAUUGUGGACUAAAGCUGUAUCAUAA